AGUGAAAAAUUUAAGAUGGCAGACGAAUUCACCGUAAAAAGUCUGACUCUACUGUUCGACCGUCCCAGCGAACCUCUCAUCACCCCAAAGGGUGAUAACAAAGCUGUCUUUCAAUUGACUGACCAGUUUGUCCCUCCAGAUUACGAGAACAACGGCUUAGACCUCAACAACCGCUUCGGCGAGGAUGCUACCGAGACGAUCCCACUGAAGAACUUGAGCCAGGUGCCACAAUUUCCCAAUGCGUCGCAGCUACCACCCGAUGCAGACUUCUCUCUCUUCCUGCCGAAACACCAAGAGAUGGCUACGGAGGUCAUCGAUGUACUUAUGAGUGUGCCUGAGAAUCAGCUGGCAGACUUCCUUUCCACCUGUGCCUUCUCCAGGGUGCAUCUAAACCCGCAGCUUUUCAACUAUUGUUUCUCUACAGCUUUGAUGCACAGACGAGACACGCGCAAUGUGCCGAUUCCCAAUCUCGCAGAGACAUUUCCAUUCAAAUUCAUGGAUUCACAUGUGUUCCAGCAGGCUCGCGAAUCCACGCAAGUCUUGGAAAACGCAGAGCGUACGCCAAUUAUUAUCCCAAGAGACUUCACUGCCACGGAUUUAGAAGAAGAACAUCGUCUGGCGUACUGGCGUGAAGAUAUUGGCGUCAACUUGCAUCACUGGCACUGGCAUCUCGUGUAUCCUUUUACUUCUUCCAACAGAGCCAUUGUGGCUAAAGACCGUCGUGGUGAACUCUUCUUCUAUAUGCACCAGCAGAUCAUUGCGCGUUACAACGUUGAACGUCUCUGCAACUCACUGAAACGAGUAGUCAAGUUCAGCAACUGGAGGGAACCAAUUCCAGAAGCAUACUUCCCUAAGCUGGACAGUCUGACGUCAGCACGCGUUUACGCCCCGCGGCAGUCAGAUAUGCGCUGGCAAGAUGUGAACCGCCCUGCCGACGACUUAAAUAUUACUAUUCCAGACAUGGAGAGAUGGAGGAGGAACAUUACCGAAGCAAUUUCCACUGGAAGAGUGAGAUUGGAGGACGGUAGCACUCAAGACCUGAACAUCGACAUGUUGGGCAAUUUGGUAGAAUCCAGCAUUUUGUCACCCAACCGGCAGUUGUAUGGCGCUCUACACAACAACGGACAUGUGUUCACAGCAUACAUGCAUGACCCUGUCCAUCGUUAUUUAGAAAACUUCGGCGUGAUGGCAGACGAAGCAACGACCAUGCGCGAUCCGUUCUUCUACCGCUGGCAUGCAUUCAUCGACGACCUCUUCCAGCAACACAAACAAUCACCCUACGUUAGCCCUUAUUCUCGCUCUGAGUUAGAGAACCCAGGCGUGCAAGUACAAUCAGUGGCCAUCGAAAAUGUGGAAGGUGAUGGUGCGCAAAAUACCCUGAAUACAUUCUGGAUGCAAAGCGAUGUUGACCUGUCUCGUGGCUUGGAUUUCUCCAAUCGUGGACCUGUCUACGUACGCUUCACACAUCUUAACCAUCGUCGGUUCCGUUACGUAAUUAAUGUGAACAACACCGGCAUGGCUCGGCGCGCUACAGUCCGCAUCUUCCUGGCACCCAAGUUCAAUGAACGCAAUCAGCCGUGGAUUCUCUCUGACCAGCGGAAGAUGUUCAUCGAGAUGGACAAAUUUGUCACUACACUAAAAGCCGGGCAGAGCACUAUAAACCGUGACUCGACGGAAUCUUCCGUGACCAUCCCAUUCGAGCAGGUCUUCCGCAACUUGAGCGUCCAAGGCGAAAACCCUCGGCAAGACGCUCUCGCCGCUUUCAACUUCUGCGGCUGCGGCUGGCCUCAACACAUGCUCGUACCCAAAGGCACGGAAGCUGGCGCGCAGUUCCAGCUUUUCGUCAUGCUGUCUAACUACGACUUCGAUAGGGUGGAACAAGAUGACGGGCGUGACCAGACUUGCAAAGAGGCAUCGAGCUUCUGCGGACUUCGCGACCGCCUGUACCCCGACAAGCGUGCCAUGGGCUUCCCCUUCGAUAGGCCUUCUACCUCCGCCAACAAUAUUAACGACUUCAUCCUCUCAAAUAUGGCGCUGCAAGACGUCACUAUCAAACUGCAGAAUUCCACCGAGCCCAACCCUAGGAAUCCCACGCAAUAGACGACGGCAUUUUUUCGACGAGGCAAUACGUUCUAAAACAACUUGAGAUGUUUAGAUACCACCACUUAAGAUUUUAAAAGAAUAAUGAAACAAAUUGUGUUUUUGUGCUUUCUUGUGUAAUCAUUGCGGACAUAUAUAUCCAUACCUAAAACAUUAUUUAGGAGACAGUUAAUAAUUUAUUUUUACUAAGAAAAUUGAUAGUGAAUAAAAGCUAUUCAGGUUGUUUUAGUGUAAUUGGAAAAUUCAAUAGGUUUGAGUGUUCAUUAGGAGAAUUAAGUAAGUUUCAUUUAUAAAUAGAAAGGUUGAUAGAAUUAAGUUUAAUGAAUUGUUAAGAUUUUUGUACAUAUCAGUUAUUGUUAAGUUAGACCCAAGUAUAAUUAUAAAUGACGUUGCCGUUGUUAAGGCAAUAGAGAAGUUUAAUACAGAAG